AUGGAUAUAAGCGACAAUAUAUAUAAUACUACUAGUAGUAGUAUUUUGGGAGAUGAACUUAAAUUUGGUAUCGUUAAAAUAUGUUUAUUUAGUGCAUUCUUUGUACUUGGUCUUAUUGGUAAUUCUCUUGUACUUAUUGGUAUUGGUCUUAAUAAAGGCAUGCAAACAUCAACAAAUUUAUUAAUAUUUAAUUUAGCACUUGCGGAUGUAUUAUUCAUAAUUUUUUGUAUUCCAACAACUUUAUUUAGUUUUUUUGGUCGUUGGCCUUUUACUGAAUUUGGUUGUAAAUUAGCUCAAUUUAUCAAUCAUCUAUCUGCUUUUAUAAGUAUCUAUUUACUUGUAUUUAUGUCAAUUGAUCGUUAUUUUGCUGUUGUUCAUGCUAUUGAUUCAAUUUCAAAUUAUCGAACAACAAAAAAUACAACUAUUUGUAUUAUAACUCUUUGGUUAAUAGGUGUUAGUAUAUGUAUACCUAUUGGUUCAUUAUUUACACUUAUCCAAUUUGGUUCACCGACUUCAAUGUAUUGUCUAUUACGUUAUUUACAACCAGAUACAAGUAGUUCAACAAAUUCUAUGAUAACAUCAAAUAUAACAAAAAAUGAAAUAUUACCAAUUGAAGCAAGUUUUUAUUGGCUUGGUUUUGUUAUAUUUCUUUAUGCUCUUCCAUUAACCAUAAUUAUUAUACUUUAUGGUUUAAUGUUAAAAUUUUUACGUGGAGCUCGUGGUCAAUCAGUUGGUAAAAGUAAACGACGUGCAACACGUAUGAUAUUAGCUGUUAUAUUAACAUAUGCUUUUUGUUGGUUUUUUAUGCAAUUAUUAUUUAUAUCAAAUGUAAUACUUUCAAGAAAUACUAGUCAUCAUUUUGCAACAUAUAUGGAUGUAUUAACAAUGUUUGCAAAUAUUUUUGCUUAUUUAAAUUCAGUAUAUUGUUUAGAAAAAAAAAAAAUAACAUAG